GAAAGCGCCUGCUCAGUGUUUCAGGAAUGGCAGAGUGAACUGUCUGUCUCUCUCUCUCUCUCUCUCUCUCUCUCUCUCUCUCUCUCCCUCCGCCGGAUGUUUGCGGGUUUUGGGCUCUGCUGGAGGUGGAGUGUGGAGUGUGUGCUGUACCGGCUGGAGGAUGUAGUGGAGGUGUGUGUGUGUGUGUGUGUGUGUGUGUUUUAGGAGAAACUGAUGGUGUGUUGUUUCUCCUGCUCGAGCUGCUGACCUGCUAAAACUUACCCCCUUUUCCCCCCUCGGGUUUUUGUGUUUUUUGUCUUUUCUGGAUUUACUCUGGAUUUGUCUGGAUUUUCCUGAAGCGGAUAUUAUUUUCUUUUUCCGGCGGUGUGUAUGGACAGCUGGGUCAUGCUUUUGGGUGGUGGUGUGAGGAGGGAUGGUGGUUGCACUGCGCUGCUUUGCUGUCUGCAGUGCACACACGCGCAUCACGCACACACAGACACGCGCGUGAGCGUGCGCACAUACACACAUACACACACACUUGCGCGCGCGCACGCACGCACGCACUAAUGGCGAGUGCAACAAAGUUGCGGAUCUGUAACUAAAGCCCGAGUCUCGAUGUUACACCUGUUCACGUUUGCGCGGCCAUUUUGGAUCCGGACACCACGCGUGGAUCAGCUGAGCGGGGGCGUGUUCGUGGUGGCGUGACGCCUCCGCGCGUCCAUCCAAGGUCACACCGUAGCGGAUCAUCCACGCACACGCGCUCACGCACAGACACGCACGGGGACGCGCAUGGCCGCGUGUGCGGUACUGUGAUCGCGCGGGGUGUGUGUGCGUGUGCGCGCGCGCGUGUGUGUGUGUGGAGCGGGAGGUGGUGUGGUUGUUUUUUUUUUUUUCUUUUUUUUUCUUUUUCUUGUUUGUUGUCACUCUCUGUGUGUCUCUUGAUUUUUGUGGAUGGAGAAACCGAUCUGAAAUGGAGGAGAAGAAAGUGAAGCAGACGCGGAGGUCCCGCGUGCACCGGGAGCGCGUGUGGCGGCGCGACACGCGCACAGAACCGAGUCCGGCUUCCUCUGGAUCUGAGCGCAGGGCCGCCGUCGCCGCCGUUUCGGUUGCCGCUGCAGCUUCCGCCGCUCACGUGAGCCAGAACGGCAGGAAAUCCUCUCACUCCGCGUUCUCCUCCUCCUCAACAACGUCGUCAUCCUCCUCGUCUCUCUUCACAUCUUCAUCACCCGUCAAAUCCUCAUCAGCGUUCUCCUCCAGAGCCACGCGAGGAGCUUCACGCCGGAAACGACGCGUCUCGAGCUCCCAGGAUGAAGAAGAAGAAGAGGAAGACAUCAUUGACGGCUUCGCCAUCACCAGCUUCUCUAGCCUGGAGGGUCUGCAGCAGAGGAACGGCUCGAUGAAGCUGAAGGACAGCAGGAAGGAGAGGAGGUGGGAGACGGCAGCUGCUGUUAAACGACACAAACAGGAGGAGAAGGACGAGGAAAUGAAGGAGGAGGUGGAGGAGAACGGCUUCGACCUGCCCAACAACAUGGAGCACACACAGGAGAGACUGCUGCAGAGAACCUACUCCAACAAGAACAAACGGUUUAAGAGCGUCCUGAGUCACACACUUCGCUCGGUGAUGGAGCCCAAAGUUCCUGACGUGAACUCGGCAGCCAAUCGCAGCAGCUCCAAGGACCGCCUCAGUGAGAGCUCCACACACUCUCUAUCAGGACGUGGUUAUUCGUGUGACAGCGAGAGUGACAUCGACGACAAGGCGUCUGAUGUGGGAUCAGAAAAGCUCUUUUCCCCGACAGCUUCUAAAGCUGUGACAUCGAAUGAGAGCUUCGAGUUGAAGAUCUGCAGCUCGCCUAAAAUCUCGGGCCUCCAGCGCAGCCAGGAACAAAGCACCGUCGUCUCUUUUGCCCCGCCCACGUCUAGCCCCGCCCCUACAGGCAGCCCCAUCCCUUCUGCCACGGCAACACCCAAAUCUCCUCCCCCGGUCACCAUCAAGAAGGAAUCCACAGCAUCUUCUAACCCUGAUCCCACCACACUUUAUAAGGAACCAAUCAGAUCUACAAGAUCACAAGGUCACGCCCCCAAACCUCCACAGCCAACCAAUCAUCAGCCACCACCAUCCACCGGCCACCGGUCAUCUGACGUACGGCCUUCACGACAUCAGCAACAGCCCCUCGUCACUGCCCCCAAACACCCCCUUCCCCCUCCUGCUCCCCUCCCUCUCUCCAUCGCCACUCUGUCGUCUCCACACUACCCCCUGCGCUCCUCCUCCCACCUCUCUCCCCUAUCACGCCAUCCGGCCAUGUUCGCCCCCCCAACUGCCCUCCCCCCUCCUCCUGCUUUACCCACCAACAGCCUGGUGGUCCCUGGACACCCCGCUGCCACACCCUACCCAGAGCAUCACGACCUCCUCCGGCAGGAGCUGAACAACCGCUUCCUGGUUCAGAGUUCCGAGCGAGGUCGGGGGUCGGCGCCGGGGGCGACCGGCUCACCGUUGUCCCAAAUGUCGCUCCUGAGGGCGGAGUUUCACCAACACCAGCACAUGCACCAGCAUCAGCACACGCAUCAGCACACCUUCACGCCUUUCCCCGCCAUCAUUGGGCCGCCCACUGCACCGCCCAUGGUGCGUACCGCAGCCAGAAAUUUUGAUAAGUAUGCCCCGAAGCUGGACAGUCCGUUCCUGAGGCAGUCGAAUGUUUUUUCCUCGUAUCCUCCAGCGAUGCCGGGAAUGCCUCCUCUCCUCCCUCACCCUGGACCCUUCAGCUCCCUACAGGGAGCCUUUCAACCAAAGGCCUCAAACCCCAUCGAUAUCGCAGCAAGACCAGGAGCAGUUCCUCACACUCUCCUACAGAAAGAUCCACGGUUAACUGAUCCAUUCAGGACUUCAGUGAGAAAGCCGGGGAAAUGGUGUGCAGUUCAUGUACAGAUCGCUUGGCAGAUCUACCAUCAUCAACAGAAGAUUAAGCAGAUGCAUUUGGAUCCUCAUAAACUGGAUAUAACGGGAAAACUGGAUUUGUUCAGCAGACCUCCGGCUCCGGGUGUGUUCCCAGGGUUCCCCUAUCCUCACGACCUCGCCAGACCUCUCUUCCAAUCUACAGGAUCAGGGCAUCCAGCAACCUCACCGUAUGGCCACGCCCCUCAUCACAGCAGCUUCCUGCCUCCCACCCAUCUGGCAGGUAAGCAUGCUUUCAGUCGCUCCAGUUCAUUUGGAAAUCUCGGCAACCUGUCAGCUAACGCCUUCGGGGGGCUAGGAAACCCUGCCCUGGGCUCCAACAGUGUGUUCGGACCCAAAGACAGCCCAGGGCUGCCCGGGUUCAGCAGCCCGAGCCAGGAUUCGUGGAACCGACUGCACAGAACUCCACCCUCAUUUCCUCAGUGGCCCAAAGUUAGUGACGGAGAGAGAAGCAGCUCAGCUAACAGCCACGAACGAGAGAAAGAGAGGGAGAGGGAGAAACGAGACUCGUCUAUCGGGAAGGAAGACAAAGACCGGGACAGUCGCCACUCGAAUCGUUCGUCUCCUGCAUCGGCUCCUGUCGGCUACCAGAUCAGCAACUUGAUCCGCUGCAGCAGUGGCGGAGGAAAUGACAUGGGUCGAAACCAUGGUGACCGUCCCCGCGGCGACCACGAGAGGGAGGCGGUGGUGCUAUCCGAGGUGCGAGCAAAGGACCGCAGUCGUUCUCCGACGAAAGAGUGCAGCGAACGCAGCGCCUCAACGUCGUCCGUCGACUCGUGCAAGCCCCUCCUCCGCUCACCGUCUCCGUUCUCCAAGAACAAAUCUGAGCCGCUGGGAAUCGUGCUCUCUGACAGGAAGCUGUGCUCGCCGGGAGCGCCGAUCCACAAGCUCAAAAAUGACACCACCAAGAUCAAAGAGGAGCGAAAGGAACAGGACCAGGAACAGGAAGAGCUGGUGCUGGUAUCUGAGCCUCCUCCGCCUCAAAACCCAAAUCCAAGCCAGGCUCCGCCUCUUCCUCCUCAUCACCAGGCUCCGCCUCCAACAAUCCCGCACUCUCUGCCAUUCAUGCACCAGAUGGGUGGGCUGAACAUCCUCGACCGCGCUCGACUGGCUCCGUUUGUGGGCGUCGGCCAUUUUGCGGCAACAGCGAAUCGGGAUCGUUUCCCUCACCCUGCCUUCUCGUGGGACCCGCUUCGGGAGGCAUAUCGGAAUUUUGACCUCCAGCGGAGAAUGGAUUUCCAGAUCCGAGCCGAGACAGGGAACCGAUUCCCAGGGAUCUACGAGGCGGAUCGGAACUACCGGGAGCGGGAACCGCACGAGUACUCGCACCAAGAUCACUUGAUGGAAGUGCGCAGGGAACAGGAGCGGAUCAGGCAGCAGGCGGAAGAACGAGAGCGACUGCACCUGCGUGACGAAUUGGAACGCGCCCGACUUCACCAGCUGCAUCAGUCUCCGAUGGAGGGGCACUUGCCUCACAUGCCCCCCUUUUUGCCUCAUCUAGGGGCAAUGCCAUACCGCCCUCCCCCGACCGCAGCCCUCAGCGCCCCUCCUCCUCUUGUGCCCUCGGUCCGACCCAAUUCUCCGAGACGGACUACGCAAGACACGAGGGAAUUUUCCCCGUCGCGUAAUCCUAAAGAGGUGGAGGCACGAUAACAUGGUGGAAAGAAUUUGUUUGAUGUGCACUUAUUAUGUAUCAUUUGUACAAAAGAAAGAAUUUGUACCUCGGAUUAUAAAGCACAUGAUUCUGCUUGUAUUUUAUACGGACAUGGACGAGGGUGAGGACGAACACGGGGACAAGUCACCAGGAAUUUGAUAUUAACGUUAAUAUAUUCAUCUAAUGGCCUUUUUAUUUUUUCCCACGUGAUGAAGUGAACGAGUUUGUACUUCUUUUCCUAUUUGUGGUUUUUUUUUUCGUGUACAGAUCAUGUUAUUUUUUACAAAUUAGCACCGGAUCCCGCUGCGUCCCCGUCCCCGUCCCCGUCCCGUCCCCGCUCGGAUUCCUGCAGGAGAACACUCUCAGCCGUGAGGGAAACGCCGAGUGUGGACGAUGUUCCCGAAGCAGUUCUCUCUGUUUGUUGCCUGUUUUUGCUUUGCAGACGUUUACCGAAUGAUUCCUGUUGGAUUUCUGUAAGUUAUUGUACAGAUCCUGUUGACCUUGGAACUAAAGUUGGCAUUGUAAAUUUAUUUGACUUUUUAAAUGUUUCUUAAAAAAAGGGUGCAGUCAAAAUCCAUUUAAACACAUCUGUCCAAUCAGAGGGCGGAGGGGGCGUGGUCACGGGGAUGGGGGGGGUAGGGGCGAGCUGCCAUCUAUGCAAAGAGGAAGCAGAAGUCUCUGAUUGGACGAUUUUCCGAAGCAGAGUAUUAUUAGACGGUGUCCAGGAGGAUCAGCGUCACAUGUAUUCUCCUACCGAGAGCCGAACCAAACAAACCUCCAACCUCCUCACUGGAACUCCACUGAGCUUUACACGUGAACACGUGAACACUGAGCGAGUGACGGAGUGAACGCUGGCCUGAGGGACUGUCUCUGUCGACCUUGUGGUGUUGUGCAGUUGUUCUUUUCUUAGAAUCUUGUAUACAGAACAAGUAGAGUUUUAGGCGUGAAAAAAAAUUUGAACUUUCAUGGUUUAAAAAUGUACGGAAUAAAGGUCGGACCUUAUAUCUGCA